CUACAGCAGUAUAUAACAGUGUGAAAGUUCCUCAUAGUGCACCGUCAACUUUGUUAUGCGAUGGUCAUAUAAUAUGCAAAUUAAAUGUUUCAUAACGUUUGAAGUGAAAAUGUGCUGAUUACUGAAGUUAAUAGACCGUGCUCGGAUUAAUAUCUAACCAUCGGCAGUUUUAGAAAACCGUUAACGAGGGAGAGCUGGUUCAGAAUCGUAAAAAGGGCGGUGGUGAUAGCUCGUAGUAGUGUCUGUGUAUGUCGGUUAAUUGAAGUGAGGAAUUGAGUGGAGCCGGAUGCGGAUGGCAAGUGUGCCGCUGCCCGAGCCCCGGCGGCGAUUUCACCCGCGUCACGCACGUCCGCGCUCGCAUGCUCUCCCUCCUCACUGAUCGAUCCAGUUACAGAAUCACUACAUUUGCAUAUGAUCAUUGCGCGAGUGAAAGUGAGCGUGAUGCUGAGCUCAGCUGGGCCGUGACGUGGCGUGACGUCAUGGGCCAUGUGGAAGAUAUGCGGCGUCAGUAAAGCCGAGCCCGUGCUGUUCGCUGAUAACAUUGAUGAUGAUUAUCAGCCGACAUGGCGGCUGUGGGGAGAGGAGCGCGUCGAUGGCGCUAUCUACACCGUCUACCUCAAGAAGGUGCGCUACCACCGGCCCACGCGCAGCGCAUCCAGUGAGUCUGACGACGAGAUCUCUCACCUGGAGUGGGAAACGGUCCGGGUGCGCUUCGUGAAGGCCGGCACGGUCGAGCGCCUGGUCGAGGCGCUGGCCACGGACGAUGGCGAACUUGAGUCUACAUACGUCAACGUGUUCCUUGCUACCUACCGUUCGUUUGCGGAGUGCAAUCGAGUAUUGGACCUGCUACUGCGACGGUAUGAAGCCCUGGCGGCAGAGGAUGUGCUCCCCUCAGUGGCAGAUACCUCUCAGCAACACCGAAAAACUCUGGUGGCGUGUCUGCACGUGUGGCUGGACACGUACCCGGAGGACUUCCGGCAGCCCGCCCACCACCCCGCUCUGCAACAGCUGCUCGCCUUCACACAGCUCCAUCUGCCGGGAUCAGAGCUACAUUCGAAGGUAUUACAGAAGCUAGCUAUAUUCAAAGCGGAGCGGAACGGCAUUUCGGGCGGCGCGAGUCACGCAGCCAGCGCGGGCGGAGUGUGCCUGGCGGCCGGCAUGCGGCACGUGACGCACCACACGGCCGCCUACCGGCUGCCGCACGUGCCGCACCGCCACUUCGCCGAGCAGCUCACGCGCAUGGACAUGCAGCUGUUCAAGAAGCUCGUGCCGCACCAGUGCCUCGGCGCCGUGUGGUCGCGCCGCGACAAGGACCGCGGCCACGACGCCGCCACCGUGCUGGCCACCGUCAACCAGUUCAACGCCGUCUCCUUCCGCGUCAUCUCCACCGUGCUCGUGGAGCCCGACCUGCGGCCGGCCGACCGCGCCGACAUCCUCGCCGCCUGGCUCGACAUCGCGCGCGAGCUGAGGGUCCUGAAAAACUUCUCGUCGCUGAAGGCCAUCAUCUCCGGCCUGCAGAGCAACUCCGUCUAUAGACUGAGAAAGACGUGGGCGCUCCUCCCGAAGGAGAAGGCGGAGCUGUUCGACGAGUUGGCGCGUAUAUUUAGCGAGGACAACAAUCGGUGGGCGCAGCGGGAGCUCCUGAUGCGGGAGGGCACCGCCAAGUUCGCCGACACGGUCGGAGAAAACGACCGACAGCUCCAGAAGUUGCUGCACGAGCGAGGCUCGCCCGGCGUGAGCCACGGCACCAUACCCUACCUCGGCACGUUCCUGACCGACCUCACCAUGAUAGACACCGCCAUUCCGGACACGGUCGCCGACGGCCUGAUAAACUUCGACAAACGACGAAAAGAGUUCGAGGUGCUCGCCCAAAUAAAGUUGCUGCAGGGCGCCGCGAACGCGUACCACCUGGCCACCGACCCGAUGUUCGAUCGAUGGUUCGACUCCGUGAUCGUGCUAGACGACCGGGAGGCGCACCAGCUGUCCUGUCAGAUAGAACCCCAGACGAAUCCACCGAAAGAGAGGCGGCCGAAGAAAAUGAACGACAACAACGGCCCCGGGCACAGAAAGAACGACUCGAUAGCGAGCACCAGCUCGAGCAACAGCUCGCAGUUCUACUGCGAGACGGACGGCGUGGCGAACGCGUGGAAGCGGGACAGCCUCGAGCGGCGCGCGUCGCCGACGCGGCUGUCGCACGGGUCGUCGUCGUCGUCGCUGCCGUCGCUGGACGCGUCGCUGUCGAGCGCGGCGAGCGGCCACAAGGCCAACGGCAAGCCGGCCGCCAGCCCCGCGCACCGCGCCGGCCCCGACUUCUACAUCAUCCGCGUCACCUACGAGGCGGACUGCGCCGAGACCGAGGGCGUGGUGCUCUACAAGUCCAUCAUGCUGUCCAACAACGAGCGCACGCCGCAGGUGGUGCGCAACGCCAUGCUCAAGCUCAACCUCGACGGCGACCCCGACCAGUAUACGCUCGCUCAAGUCUUACCUGAUAGAGAAAUGUUGCUUCCGGCGAACGCGAAUGUUUACUACGCAGUAAACACGGCGUACAACCUGAACUUCAUCCUGCGCCCGCGCAAGCCGCAGCCUGCGCCCGAGCCGCUCGUCAACGGCAAGGCGCGCAAGCGCACCUGACUGCUCUCCUACUAAGAGUCUCAACUGCAUCCGAGGUACCGCG